ACCCGAGACCCGCUCUCCCAUCCGGGUUCCUAGUCCGCGGCUCUGCCGGAGACGGACAGAUGAGAGCGCUCCGGAGACUGGUCCAGGGCAGGGUCCUGCUCCUGACCAUCUGUGCAGCUGGCAUUGGUGGAACUUUCCAGUUUGGCUACAACCUCUCCAUUAUCAAUGCCCCGACCUUGCACAUUCAGCAAUUCACCAAUGAGACGUGGCAGAUGCGAACCGGCCAGCCGCUGCCCGACCACCUGGUCCUGCUCGUGUGGUCCCUCAUCGUGUCCCUGUAUCCCCUCGGGGGCCUCCUGGGAGCGCUGCUCGCUGGGCCCCUGGCCGUCACGCUGGGAAGGAAGAAGUCCCUGCUGGUGAACAACAUCUUCGUGCUGGCCGCCGCGGGCCUGUUUGGCUUCAGCCGCAGAGCAGGCUCCUUCGAGAUGAUCAUGCUGGGAAGACUGCUCGUGGGCAUCAGCGCAGGUGUAAGCAUGAACGUCCAGCCCAUGUACCUUGGGGAGAGCGCCCCCAAGGAGCUCCGAGGGGCUGUCGCCAUGACCUCCGCCAUCUUCACCGCCCUGGGGCUCGUGAUGGGUCAGGUGGUCGGACUCAGGGAGCUCCUGGGUGGUCCGCAGGCCUGGCCCCUGCUGCUGGCCAGCUGCCUGGUGCCCGGGGCGCUCCAGCUGGCCUCCCUGCCCCUGCUCCCCGAAAGCCCACGCUACCUGCUCAUUGACUGUGGAGACCCCGCAGCCUGUCAGGCAGCGCUGCAGCGGCUGCGGGGCCCCGCGGACCUGGCCGGGGAGCUGGCGGAGCUGGAGCAGGAGCGCGCCGUCUGCCGGGGCGGGCGCGCGCGACGCCCAUGGGAGCUGUUCCGGGAGCGCGCGCUGCGGCGGCAGGUGGCCAGCCUGGUGGUUCUGGGCGGAGCCAUGGAGCUGUGCGGGAACGACGCGAUGUACGCCUACGCUUUGGCCGUGUUCAGCCAGGCGGGGAUCUCGCAGGACAAGAUCCAGUACGUGGCCAUCGGGACCGGGGGCUGCGAGCUGCUGGCGACGCUGCUCAGCUGCCUGGUGAUUGAGAGGGCAGGCCGGCGGGUGCUGCUGACGGGGGGCUACGGCCUAAUGACCUGCUGGGGGAGCGUCUUCACGGUGGCCCUGUGCCUUCAGGGCUCCUUCUCCUGGAUGCCCUACCUGGCCAUGGCCUGCGUCUUUGCCUCCAUCCUCAGCUUUGGCAUUGGCCCUGCCGGGGUGACCGGGAUCCUGGCCACGGAGCUGUUUGACCAGAUGGCCCGGCCUGCUGCCUACAUGGUCUGCGGGGCGCUCAUGUGGACCAUGCUGUUCCUGGUGGGGCUGGCGUUCCCCUUCAUCAUGGAGGGCUUGUCCCACUUCAUCUAUGUGCCUUUCCUCUGUGUCUGCGUCUGCGCGGCCGUGUACUCGGGCCUCUUCCUCCCUGAGACCAGAGGCAAGAGCUUCGUGGAGAUCUCGGAGGAGCUGCACAGACUCAACUUCCCAGGGAGGGGCCGAGGCCUGGCGUGGGCUGGCCCCGAGGUCGUCAGGUCCACGGAGCUGUAGCCCGGUGGCGCGGUGGGUGCCAGCCCCAGGCCCGCCCCCUCCUGUGGGGCCCCUGGGUGUGCAGGCCUGGUGCUCAGCCUCAGAGGGAUGGUUUCGGGGGCCUCUUGGCGCCCCUGUCUGGAGGCCGUUGGCAGGAAACCAACAAAAACAUAGACUCAGAGAAACACAGCGGAAGAAAAUACAGCUUGGGAAGCCUUUGAGAGGGGCAUGGUCACAAAAGGAUUUUCUGAGGAAUUGAUUUUUUUUUAAAUCAACUUCAUUGAGGUGUAAUUUACAUACAAUAAAGUGCAUUCACAGUAAGUGCACAUUUGAUGAGUUUUGACAGGUGUGCACACCUGUGAACCACCACCUUGACCAAGGGAGACCAUUCACAUCAUCCCUCCUGCCUCUGUGUGAUCAGUAUCUCCCCCACCCCCUGCAACCUCGGACCUGCCUUCUGUCACUGGAGGUCAGAUUUCUUUUCCAGACAAUUUGACAAAAUUCCACACUGUGUGUAUGUGUCUAUGUCUUGUCUUGCUCCAGAUAAAGUCUUUGAAAUUCAUGCAUAUUGUUGCAUGUAUUAGCACAUAUCCCUUUGUAUGGCUGAGUAGUAUUUCAGUGUAUGGAUGUACCAUAAUUUAGUAACCCAUUUGGACUGUUUUUAAUUGUUGACCACGAUGAAUAAACCUGCUGUGAACAUUUCUGCA